CGUGGGCCCUCUAGUGUAGCUGCACACAUGCACGCGACAGCAUCUGACCGCCGCCGCAGCCGCAGCCGCAGCCCUCCGAGCUGCCCUCCAACCUGCUGCCGCCGCCGACGUCGUCGCGUCACAUCCUCGCGUAGUCGCCUUCGCCCUCACCCUCCUAUUCGCCUACCUACGUGUUCGAGGCAAGAUCUUCGAGUUGGUCCGUUGUCAAACACGUGUAGUUCGUGAAAUUGUUUCUACAAUGACAGCCGUUAUCGCUAUCUCCGAAACCGAGUGACGCUCGACGGAUUGAACAGUGUCUGUCGGUUAGGAAACUUCGCGGGUGUUUCGUGUUGUCUUUUGAUGAGGUGGACGAGAGAUCGUGCAAGCUAGUGCUUUAGAGAGUGACGCUCUUCGAGUGCCGCGUGUACGAGCUGUCAGUGGUGUGCUUUUUAUAUAUCGUUUUGCUCGAUGCUAUCAUCUCGUCAGGAAGAACACCGAGUGAUCUAUCGAAAAUAGUCAAGAGAGAAGUCGAGCACGUUGGAUCUCGCGGCGUUGUCUGCUUACGGGGGCGUAUCGGGACCCAGGGUCGCGGUGGCGGGCACUGGGCUCCUCGCGCUACCCGGCUUGAUACCCGAGAAGGGUUUAUCAUCGCCCGGCGGCCAGUCGAAACCAAAGUCCGCAGGGCUGGCGGGUCUCGACAGCGAGGCGGUGCGCCGCUGGGUCGCGGAGGCCGCGCGGAUUCGCCAGAUUCCGCCUCCGGUGCUGGUGCCCUCGAGUUCUCAACCGCCACCACCGUCGCCCCAGCAACAACAACAACAUCAACGACAACAGCAGCAUCACGGCCAUCGACAACGGCACGAAGCCAGCCCACCGUUGGUGGGACCCACCCCUUUCGUUUUACCGACCCCGAUGACCCAUACCGCCAGUAUGCAUCUAUUGGAGAACAACAACUUAGUGGAGGUUGCGAUGGCACAGCAACAACAGUCCCAUCAGCAGGUACAGCAACAACAAAAACAAAAACAGACGAGCCCGACAAAUAACAAUACUAUUGAAGCCUGGAGAUCGAUCCAAGGUAGCCAUCAAUGGUGGAGCACGCCUAGUGGCGUACAUCAGGAGCAGCAGCAAUCACAACAGCAACAGCAGCAACAAUCGCAACAGCAGGUAGCUCGGGUCAGUCAAGCGCAAGCUCUCGUCGCUGGUGCGAUAUGCGGGCAGGUGCAAAGGCAUCAGAUACAUUCGGAGAUCGAUCAGCCUCUCGACUUUUCCGUCGGUUCUCUUCAACAACAUAGACUGCAAUCGCGAGUUAGGAUUAUGCACGAGAGGCUACAGGGUAGGAUCACCGACAACAACAAUGGUACACUCGGCGCACAAAAAAUCAGGGGAUCCAGUGGUAGACGAAGUUACAGUCCCAGCGAAGCUAGUACCAGUAGUAGCGAGGAUGAGGGUGUAUCCAACGGGGGUAGUCCGCCAGGACCUCUACGAGGUGUCGAGAAUGAUUCGUGCGAGCCGCUUGUGGAGCGACCUUACGGUAAGGUUUGGAUGGGCGACAACGAGGUCGCGUGGCGAACGGAACAAUCCUUCAAGAGAACGUCUCCCCUUAAUCCUUGUGCCACAACGACUACGACAACGACGACGACAGGUGGUGGAGCACCGAUACACCCCCACCUGUCGCCACCCAUAGCCGCCCCUGUGACGACUCCUGAUCACAGAAGCCCGACCAGUCUUCACGCCAAACUUGCCAUCUCACCUGCCAGCGACGCGCUCGGCCGAAUCGAUAAGGAGCCAGCCUCGCCGGAAUCCAUACAAGAUGCGGAUCUACACGCUGAGGUCGAAGGAGCCGAGCUCAGUGGAGAUGAUCGAAGUAUCACGAGUGAUAUUCAAGAUGUCACCGACGCGAAUCUCGAUCACGACUCAAUGGACUCGGACAGGGAAGCUCUUAAUUUGGUUACUGAUGUAUCACAUCGUAAUAGCAGCAGUGGCACCAGCGGCAGCUCAUCUUCGCCAAGUUCUGGAGUGAGUAGUCAAUUGACUGGUACGCAUCAGCAACAACAACAACAGCAACAACAACAGCAACAACAGCAACAGCAACAACAUACGAGCACGCAAAACAGUGGAAGCUCGCAGGCAGCGUUGGCAGCUCAAUUGGUCGGCCAACAAUUGUUAAUGCAUGGAUCUCUCGGUACUCUCGGACCUCAAGAGAUUCAAGCUCUUGCAUCGACCCUACAGCAACAACAACAAUCGCUGCAGCAACAACUGCAGCAAUUUGCUAUGUUUCAGCAAGCCAAUCCUGCAGCGGCUGGGCAACUUCCGGCACAGGCACAAUUUUUCUUGCAAAAUCAAGUACAGCAAGCCGUAGCACAGGCAGCCCAACAAUUACAAGCCUUACAGAAACAACAGGCUCUUCAAGGUGGAGGUGGAUUGGUAGGAAGAAAUUUAACGCAACAAAGAUCGCCACCACCUCCUGGUACACCUCCAUCUGUAAAACCACCACCAGCAAGACUAGAACCCUCACCGGAAGAAACAACGGACCUUGAAGAACUCGAACAAUUUGCGAAGACCUUUAAACAACGACGGAUCAAGCUUGGUUUCACGCAAGGUGACGUUGGUCUUGCUAUGGGAAAACUCUACGGCAAUGACUUCUCUCAAACCACUAUUUCAAGGUUCGAAGCAUUAAAUCUUUCUUUCAAGAACAUGUGCAAGUUAAAGCCUCUUCUUCAAAAAUGGUUAGAAGAUGCCGAUAAUUCCUUGAACAAUCCAAACUCACUCUCCAAUCCUCUCACGACACCAGAAGCAAUAGGCAGGCGACGAAAGAAAAGAACUUCCAUAGAAACUAGCGUUAGAGUGGCACUAGAGAAAUCUUUCGUCCAAAAUCCAAAACCUACUUCCGAAGAAAUUACCGUAUUAGCGGAUAGUUUAGCGAUGGAAAAAGAAGUUGUUCGAGUUUGGUUUUGUAACAGGCGACAAAAAGAAAAAAGGAUCAAUCCUCCAACGGCAGCAAUGGGGAGCCCGACAAUGGCGUCGCCUGCACCAUCAGUUUUUGCCUCUUUGGCGAAUUCGAUAUCCGGUAGUCCCUUAGCUCUGACAACACAUUCCUCAGGAUUAGCUCAUUCUCAUUCACAUUCCACGUCAUUGGGAUCGCCCCUUCCCUUGGCCUUAGUGGCAUCGGCCGGUGGAAAUUACCAUCCAUUGAGUGGGAAAUCUCACGAGUGACAACAACAGACGACCCAUCAAGGGGACAGCCUUUACCAUCAUCAUGAUCAACAACAGAAACAGCACCAACAACAACGACGUUUGUGCAAUUUAUCCGAUUUCUAUCAUUAAAUUAUAAAUCAUAAAAAUAGUAUACUAUAUUUACGUGUUGGAAAGCACAUAAAAUAGUACCAAUAGUAUCUUGGGCCAAAUGAAACUUGGUAUCGAGAUGGUAUUAACAAGUAAUUCAACGAAGUUCUUCAAGGUUUUCAAUUAACCUUGGAACAUAUGAUAUACGAAAAUCAGCAGAUCGUAGUUAUCUUCGGUACAACAUCUCGUCUGAUGUAUAUCUGGUGUUAUAAAAGGAUGGAACAUAUUCAAAUCAAGAUAUUUCUUGGGUCAAUUUUGGAAAAACCUAACGAAAAUCUUGAUAAACAUAAACGACCGACAAAAAGUAUACGAAGACACAUUGUUACGUCUGGACAGCCACGCUGAAAAACUAAAACGGGGGAAGCAACGAUAUUCACUAAAUAUAUAGGAAGAAGCUUUCUACUUUUCCUAUCGAAGAAUCGGAGCUGAUCGAAACAUUUUCACUAUUUUUGUUUAAAAAUAUCCAUUGAAUUUCUACAACAAAUAUCUCUCUUACGGAUAAGAGAAUGCAAAAAAACCUUACAAAUAGAUAAGGAACAAUGUAAAUAGACUUAAACAUUAUCAUUGCUUAAUACUGUCUAUAUCAUUAAUUCAAAUUUACAAAUAUCAAAUUUUCUACGAAAUUUUGAACGUAAGUUUUCGUAUUCUUAAUAUUCAAAGGUUUGUGUUCAAUGUUUCAUAUUCGUUUACACGUUACAACGAAAUACCUCCCUCCACCUUCCCCGAGAGUUCACUAUUGGAAAGUGUCAUACAAAGACAAAAAAUUGUUUUACUUUUAAUAGGAAUUGCAAUUGUCACAAUUACCGUUUAAAAGAGAUAAACAAAUACAUUUUCAAUUUAAGUUUAUCGUUCGUAAUUCGAAAAUGGAUAUUUCUUGCCAUUUAAAACACACAUUGAUAAGUACAGUCGAGUAUUUCAAUAAUAUAUUACACGGCUACUUAAAAAAUGUUUUAUCCUUUUAACGGUACGAUAAAAGAAAUCAAUUAGUGUCAAGAAAUUUGUCGGUAUAGGUAAUAUAUCAAAUUUUAAUAUUAUUUUCUUUUUAAAAUUUUCGCUGGAUUUAUCGAUACGGAAGAAAAUAGUCGACGAUGCCUCUUUAUAAACGUCGACUAUUUCCUUUCCAGAUUCCUCUUUCUCGUUUUUAUUUUUUUAAGAUUUCUUUCUUUUGUUUUAGACAAUAUCAUUCGAAACAUGUAUAAAUCAUCUUACACGAAUUUGAAAAAAAUACAAACAUAAGUAAUCAAUAAUUAUUUAGCGAAAUAAUAAUACUUUUCUUAACUGUAAUAACGAGCUUUUGAACGACGGCUAAUCAUGUAAUUAAUUUAUGAAAAAGAAAAGGUAUUAUAAAUUAUAUAAGAAUAUAAUUAGACGCGUGGCUAAGUUAGAUAGAAAAAGGAGAAUCUUGUGAUCAUCGAUAUUCGUUCGAAACUAUUUAUUUAAAGGAUUCAUUUUACUCACUUUAGGAUAUCGCGCUUCCGUGAAGAAAUAGAAACAUCCAGCGGGGUCCGAUAAUACCUGUUUGUAAAUAUAAAGUGCGUAACGUGUCUAUCGAAAGCUCGUACAUAUCCGUGACCCAUGUUAGUACAUAUAUACUGUAUGGGAGCCAAGGCCCGUGCUCACACUGGCAAGAAUGCGAGCAGACUCGUUCCAAUAAAGUAAAAGUUUAAAGGUUAAAUGGGUGAUAGAAAGAUCACUUAUAACUAUCGAUCUCCGUAUAACGAAAAAGUCAUGAUUCAUACCAAAGGAAUACUGUGAAGUACAAUAAAUAACUAAAUAUAGCAUAAUAUGUACGAUAAAAGAAAUCUUUUUUAAUAAUAUUCUCGAUUCUAAAUGAAGGAGAUCAGGAUAAGUCAUUCGCAUUCUUGUCAACAAUUUUUUUUCGACGGACACGUAUAGCGAUAAUUUUGUAGAUAUACGUCCCGAGAUAAUACGUAAUGUAUAUAUUGUGUAAAAAUUAUAAAUAACUAUACACACUCACAGAUAUAGACAGACAGAGACAAACAGAGACAGACAAAUACCACACAUAUACGCACGCACCAAAAAUAUAUACAUAAACGUAUGAUUGAAAUUUCGAGAACGAACAGUUGAUAUGAGACGAAAAUAAAAGCUUAUACUGAACUAUAGGAAUUUGCUGUGAAACGAUCGUUAACAAAUGGAAAAAGUAUCAGUAAUUAUUAACUUUAAGAGCGAUGUGCGUGUACGAACAUUGAUAGAAAAACGUGUUGAUUAAUGCAAAGGUAUACAUAACGACUAUAUCGUUACGGUGAUAUAAAUACCGACAUAUGUAUGUAUGCAUAUAUACUUACAUAUAAAUGUAUAAAUAAAAAUAUUGUAUAUAGUAGAAAUACGAUAAAGAUCCGACACGGUCGAAAAAUAAGGAGAAUCAUUAGUUGUAAUAGCGUUAUUAUUAUUAUUAUUAUUAUUAUUAUUAUUAUUAUUAUUAUUAUUAUUAUUAAUAUUAUUAUUAUUAUUAUUAUUAUUAUUAUUAUUAUUAUUAUUAUUAUUAUUAUUAUUAUUAUAACUUUUAAUUUUAUUAUUAUGAUUAUUAUUAUUGCUAUUUUUAUUAUAAUUAUUAUUAUAAUUACUUUUAUUUUAACUAAUAUUAUCAGAAUAGCACCGUGGUCACGAUCACUGCCGCUACUAUUUGUAUCCUAUGUCAUGCGAAACAUUGUGAGAUUCUUUCGUAUAAAAAGGCAUAUAAAGUUAAACAGGUAUCGCGUGCGAAUAUGCAAGAUCUUCGUAAACAGGAUGUAAUAUAGGUGUACAUGUGCACGUCUUUAUCGUACCUAUAUACAAAGACACAAUUGCCAUUCAACCCUAUUGAUUAUACUUGAUAUUCGAACUUUAUUUGGAAUUUUCGCAUCUCCCAGAAUCGUGGACCAAGUUGUAAUAAAAAUAUAUGAACAAAAAGGAAAGAAAAGACAAGAAAAAUGAAAAGACGUUGUGGUUGUGGAAAAAAGAAAACAAAAUAAAUAACGUAAAAGAGUUCCUAGAAUCGCGCGCGUACUCAAUAUUAUCGUGCACGCGAAUGCGCGGGCGAUAAUUAAACAAGAAAGGAAUUGUAAACUUGAAAAAUGUAAUUGAGAAGAAAAAGAAAAAUAACCGUAUAAUUAUAGUUUGAAAAAAUAGAACGCAAGGUUCGAGAAACUUUUAGGCAGAUAGAAAACGCGUGUUAAAGAGAAGAAAAGAA